GUUGAUCCUCGAUGGCGGACUUGGUACAACGCUUGAAGAUACAUUUUAUCGUGACAUCUCGACACCGCUCUGGUCUGCCCGGCCUAUCGAGCACGACCCAGAAGUAAUCAUCGAAGCGCACCUCGCUUUCCUCAAAGCGGGCGCCAGAAUCAUAUCCACGGCGACAUAUCAGUCCGCAUACAACACGUUCGAACGAUCCGGGUAUACGCGCGCAGACGCAAUACGUAUCAUGCGGCAGGCGGUUGCACUCGCAUGCAUUGCCAAGGACCGCUUCCUUGUGGAGCGCACUGAGGCCCGCCGCGAAGAUGUGCAGGUUGCACUUUCGCUCGGCCCGUACGGCGCGACAUUGAACGCGAACGAGUUCGACGGGAUGUACCCGCCUCCGUACGGCCCCGGGCCAUCUGCGUCCAGAGCCCGCAACAGCUUCUCACCCUGUGAAGAGGAGCUGCGUGAGUGUUCCAUCGAGGCGCUGAAAGGCUUCCACCUGGACCGCCUGCGAGUCUUUGCCGAGGAUCGAGAGACGUGGGACAGCAUCGACUGGGUCGCGUUCGAGACCGUGCCUCUGACGCGCGAGAUCACCGCUAUUCGGCGAGCGAUGGGUGCUCUCAACAGCGAGCUUCCCGCGCGUCGCUCCGACAGCCGCUGGAGAAAGCAGUGGUGGAUUUCAGGCGUGCACCCCUUCGGCGUGUACCCAGAACAGUCCCCCGACGGCGGAUCAGUCACAGCCGGCCACGUCGUCAGAGCAAUCUUGGAACAAGAGGGAGCAGGAGAAGCGAAUCCUGUUCCAGAUGGCAUAGGCAUCAACUGUACUGGCGUGCGCUAUCUGUCGUCGAUCGUGGGUGAGAUGGGCGAGGUGGUGGUGCAUGUCGGCGGAGAGCAGAGACCAUGGUUGGUGUUGUAUCCGAAUGGGAGAGAAUGGGAUGUGGGGACGCAGUCGUGGGUAGCGGUGGGCGCAGACGAGGAUGAGGCGGCGGGAGCGUGGGCGACAGCCUUUGCUGAGGCCAUCAUGCCUUGCAUGAGGCAUGGGCAUGCGUGGGGAGGCGUUGUCAUCGGCGGGUGCUGCAAGUCGGGACCUAGAGACAUUGUGGCGUUGGUGAAGGUCGUUAAAAGGGUCUGGGAGACGGUACAUCGCUGAUUCGUCCGGCGCCGAAGUGCUAAUUUUCGCCCGCACUUUUACUCAGAUCUAUAUUUUGAUUUCUCGGAAGCAUUCUCAGUUCGUGCACUUGGUUCAUUCACAUAGAAAGACG